GCCAUCCGCCGCUGGCUAGUGGCUGGCUUCUGCCGUAGCCUGCAUUUGUUCAUCCAGUGGACACCUCUACGAAGUCGGAGCCAGCCUAGUAUUCUUUGCAUUGGCAUUGAAGCCUGUCGACACAUCUCGAAAGCUGCCUUCCACCCUCGUCGCCAGUCCACGAACUCCCGUCGAACCGACUCCCCCAUCUUUCACUCUGCGGCGUCCGACGAGCCGGUCUGUUCAUGAUCGUCAUUCAUCGUUUUCGGAGCUCACGCGCGAGCCGCUGGCCUGCCUGCCGCUUCCCCCUCCAUUCUGGAUCUUACUCCGUCGCCAAUCCGUGAAAGCCGAAACCGCCGCAAACCCGCAAUCUCAACAUGGUAUCGGCGACGGAUAUCGCCGGGGCGACCCUGCGCCUUGUUCAACGCGCCGCCGAAGAAGGCGACCCGGAGAGCUCCGAUGGGUCCCAAAAGGAGAUCUUCGCUGCAUGGGCGCUGUUCAUCUCCAUCAUGCUUCUCAUCACCGCUUUCCUGACCAGCUACUUCCUCCAAGAAAGAAAGAUUGAGGCCGUACACGAGACCGUCAUCUCCAUCUUUGCAGGAAUGACUGUCGGCCUUCUGCUGCUCGUGACCUCUGGCGAUUCGAUCCGAAACCUCAUCAGCUUCGACUACCAAAUCUUCUUCAACCUACUGCUUCCUCCGAUCAUCCUAGCUUCGGGCUACGAGCUACAUCAGGCCAAUUUCUUUAGGAACAUGGGUACCAUCUUGACUUUCGCUUUCGCCGGGACGUUCCUAUCGGCUGUAGUGAUCGGUCUCAUCCUCUGGCUUUACGCCUUGACGGGGGUCGAAUCCAUCAGCAUGUCGUUUGUCGAUGCUAUUUCUGUCGGCGCGACUCUGUCGGCUACUGACCCUGUGACGAUUCUGGCCAUCUUCAACUCGUACAAGGUUGAUCCCAAACUUUACACCAUUAUUUUUGGGGAGUCGAUUCUUAACGAUGCCAUUGCUAUCGUCAUCUUCGACACGGCUCAGAAGUACAAGAAAGGUGACGCGUCUAAGCUUGGUUUCUUGAGCUUUUUCGAGGGUAUCGGCAUCUUCUUGAUCGUUUUCUUCGGUAGUAUGUUGAUCGGUGUGGUUGUGGGCGUUCUAAUGGCGCUGCUUCUGAAGCUCACAUACAUUCGACGAUACCCCAAGAACGAGAGCUGUCUCGUUGUGCUGGUUGCAUAUGCCACCUACUUCUUCUCCCAUGCCAUUCACAUGUCCGGCAUUGUAUCUUUGCUGUUUUGUGGCAUUACAUUGAAGCAUUACGCCUAUUUCAACAUGUCUCGGCGAACCCAGCUUACGACUAAGUUCAUAUUCCAGAUUCUCGCUCAGCUGUCUGAGAAUUUCAUCUUCAUUUACCUCGGGCUCGCAUUGUUCACGGAUAACGCCUUGCAAUUCCGACCUCUACUCAUUAUCAUCACCGUCUGCGCAGUCUGUGCCGCGCGAUGGGUGGCGGUGUUCCCCUUAUCCCGUCUCAUCAACUGGGUCAUCCGUUACAGGGCCCGUCGAAGAGGCGGAGACGUGAGCGAUGAGCUUCCCUAUAACUACCAGGCCAUGCUAUUCUGGGCUGGCCUGCGCGGAGCCGUCGGCGUUGCUCUUGCGGCAUUGCUCACUGGCGAGAACUCGUAUGCCUUGAAGGCCACGGUUUUGGUGGUUGUGGUGCUUACCGUCAUCAUCUUCGGUGGCACAACGGCGCGUAUGUUGGAAAUCCUCGGUAUCCAGACCGGGGUUGUAGACGAGAUCGAUAGCGACGAUGAGUUCGAUAUUGAAACGUUCAGCGGCGGUCAGUAUGCUAAGCGCACCGGCACUGGUAUUGGCUACACUCCCCGACGGAAUGGCAGCCUGUCGCUGGACAACAUUGGGUUGCGCAACGGCGCACGGCCACCCGUGGGAGGAGAGCGCAGUAGUUAUGUGUCCGGCUCACACUCGCCAAAUCCGAUCAAGAGACAGUCGAGUCACAGCCGCAAGAACUCCGAGGUCGAGAGGACCGAUCUCUUGGGCCGCAGCGGCAACACGACGGAUUCGGACUUGGAAAGCGACAUUGACACGUCGGACCUCCCGCCCCCGGCGCGUCGGGAACCUCGCCGGAGGAGCCCCACAAUCACCGGCGCGUCGCAAUCAUCAGCGACGUCGGGUGGCCUUCUCGCGCAAACCGAACCCGUGGGCGCUGUGGCCACGGCGCCCCAUCACGUCUCGGCAACGUCUGCCAUCAGACAACUCUUCAGCCAUGGCGCCGAGGAUGCGGCGGGUCUGUUCAGGCAGCUGGACGAGGACUACAUCAAGCCGAAGCUGCUGCUCGACGGAGGGAGCAGCAGCCGGGGGAACGGCUCCGGUUCAGGCCCGGGCCCGGGCCAGGUUUAGCUUGAUAGUAUUGACCGAUGUGCUAUUUAAGUGUCGAUGGGUUUCUUGCAAAUGCCAUUCAAAGGCGGUUGGGUUCCCUUUAAAAUCGGGCAGUGUAACGCACUCCUGGGCGAUUCUGGGAGGCCCAAGCAUGACGGCGGCGUUCUGGGUGUAUAUCAAUAGAGCUGGGUUCUUUCCGAAAGAC